AUGGACACGGAGAACACCAGGGUUUCUCAUAUCGGGACGCUCGCACACAUACGCAGCGCAGAAUGGCAUGGAGGGGACUACUGUGUGGUGGUGGAUGGCAUGUCACGUUUUACAUACGGCAAUCUCAAUCUUGCCGACGGCCUCGUCACUACCCCUACGAAGCCAUAUGUAGACGUGGACCUUGAAGAGUCCAUGUCCCCCUUAUCAGUCAACCAAGUGCCGCCGCCUGGUGACAUUACGACUCUUCUGUGCCCACAAACCUUUGAAGAUUUGGAUUGCAUGUCAAUUCAAGACCACCUGAGAGUUUCCCACUGGUUCGUGUCGGAGAUGAUGUCGCAUCCUGAGUAG